AAUGCUGAGUAUUAGGAUGAUACACUUCUUUAAGGCAGUCAUAUAAAGAGGUUUGUAUCACUAAACAGUAGAAAAUAACUGUUUUUAGUCAUAUUUUCAAAUGUUUUGACAUGACGCUUUUGUUGGACAGCGGAGAAAAUUGUAAAACUAACAAUCCUGACAAUACAAACCGUUCUAAGAAAUUCAUCAUGAUAAAUAGUAAUACGAUGAGUACCAAUUGCAGUAAAAGUUGCAUUUGAUAUAUUGUGCAGCUCUACAUUAGAUGACUUUUUUUGCUCUGAAGCAGAAAACCCUGUUGUCAUGAAGACUGAGUUUGUUGAUGAACCAAAAUGCAGAAAGAAGUUGGAACAUGGAUUGUGUUGAAAGUUUUAAUGAAAAAACAAAAACCCAUGGAGGACACAUGGAGCAAGAGCAGAAUUACAUUAACAGGAACAACAGGGAGGCAGGAUAAACAGGAUUUAACAAGAGGAACCAGCAGGGCAUGUGAGCAGGAGAAGGGUUUAAAUACUGAGGGUGAAAUCUGGAACCAAAGUGCCUGGGCUGAUAAGCUAAUGGGUUGCAGGUGUGAGUUGAGACCAGUGAGGUGGACAAAGGAGGGGGAAAGAGGAACCAACAGGGAAACUGACUAGAGCUAGGAUGGGAGUCAGUGGGGCUUAGUGAAGUAAAUGGAUGCAGGAAAAAAAAAAUUAAUACUGGGACAUAACAGCAGCAAAGUGUCCAAAUAACACAGGUUAUGACACCAGUAGAUGAAUGUUUUAAGCUUGAGACCACUUGGCUUUAAGUGGCCUCUAAAAAAUCUGGACUUUGGCCCACUCAAUGUCUGGAAAAGUCAGAAAAAUGAAAAGGCAGGUGGAAGAGAACAGAAAGAAAAUCAGCUGUCAGAAGUUGCAGCACCAGCGGUGGAGUUUCCUUCUGGCACACCGACAGAAGAUCUCAAGAACUCACACAGUGAGGAUGUGAACGGAGACAUUUCUGCUGAUCCGCAACAAACCGCUUCUCGGCCAAGUCCCAUCAGAAAGCAGCCGGGCCGGGGAAGACCCCCCAAAAGCUCUCAGGUUUCUGCACAGAAGACGGUGUCGGUGAAGGAGGAAGAGGAGGGCUCUUUGGCGAACGGGACAGGAUUUCAGGACGACCCCUCGGAUGCUGACUACGCACCCAAACCACAGUCGAGAUCUUCAGGCAGCUACUUGAACUCGCGUGGAAGAAGGAUCAGAAAACCUGCUCGACGUAGGAAUUCACCUGAAAAUGACUUGGAAGACGAAGGUACAUCGAAGGAAAAAAAGGAGAAAAGGGCGAGGGAGGAGGAAGAGGUGGCUGACAGACAGGAACUACAUGAUGGGGAGGCCAGUGAGGGAGAGGAGGUCGAAGAGGCAGAAGACGACAUCGAACUGCAAGGGGAAGGAGACAGCGAGGAAGACGGAAGGCCAACUCAGGCAUCAUCAAUGAGCAACCGAACCGAAUCGAAGCCGUACAGCUCUGUGACGCACAAAUGUGGGGACUGCGGGAAGAAAUUUACCCACACAGGUAAUUUCAAGAGACACAUGCGCAUCCACACUGGAGAAAAGCCAUUCAGCUGUCGGGACUGCAACAAGGCCUUCUCUGACCCUGCCGCUUGCAAAGCCCACGAGAAAACACACAGCCCUCUGAAGCCGUACUGCUGCUCCACUUGUGGGAAGAGCUACCGGCAGGUCAGCCUGCUUAACUUGCACCGGAAACGGCACACGGGUGAAGCGCGCUACAGCUGUGACGUCUGUGGCAAGCUUUUCACCACUUCGGGGAAUCUGAAGCGCCACCAGCUGGUGCACAGCGGGGAGAAGCCAUACCACUGCGACUUCUGUGACAAAGCUUUCUCCGACCCCACCGCCAAGAUGCGACACCUGGAGACCCAUGACACGGAUAAAGGCAACAAGUGUCCGCACUGUGACAAACGCUUCAACCAGGUUGGAAAUCUGAAAGCUCACCUAAAGAUUCAUAUUGCAGACGGGCCCCUGAAGUGCAAGGAGUGCGGCAAACAGUUCACCACUUCAGGCAAUCUGAAAAGACACCUGCGUGUUCACAGCGGGGAGAAACCAUAUGUGUGUUCGCACUGUCGGAGAGCUUUCAGUGAUCCCGGAGCUCUGCAGCGCCACGAGCGCAUUCACACAGGAGAAAAACCCUGCGUAUGUCUUGUGUGCGGCAAGGCUUUUACUCAAGCCAGUUCCCUCAUUGCUCAUGUCCGACAGCACACCGGAGAGAAGCCCUACGUCUGUGAUCGCUGCGGCAAAAGGUUUGUGCAGUCCAGCCAGUUGGCAAAUCACAUUCGACACCACGACAACGUGCGACCACACAAGUGCCAGAUGUGCAACAAGGCAUUUGUGAACGUGGGGGAUUUAUCCAAGCACAUCAUCAUUCACACAGGUGAAAAACCGUUUCUUUGUGAUAAAUGCGGCCGUGGCUUUAACCGGGUGGACAACCUGCGCUCCCAUGUUAAGACCGUUCACCACGGCAAAGCCGGCAUGAAGAGGCUGGUGCUGACGGGGGGAACCAUCGAAGAAAUUGGCGACGACUGCGCCGAAGCUGGGUCUUCGGACGAGAUCAAGAUAGUCACUGUUACCACAGAGGACAUUGUCACCCUUACAACCGAGGCCCUGGCAGGAAGUGCAGUGGCUCAGCUCACGGUCCUCCCAGUGGCUGCCUCGGUGUCUGCAGAUGAAACGGAGGCUUUGAAAGCUGAAAUCACCAAAGCAGUAGAGAAGGUGCAAGAAGAAGACCCCAACACCCAGAUCUUGUAUGCUUGCGACUCAUGCGGCGAUAAAUUUCUGGACGCCACCUCUUUGGCUCAGCACGUUCGGAUCCACACGGCCCAAGCCUUGGUCAUGUUUCAGGCAGAUUCCGACUUCUACCAGUACACCGCGGCAACCGCCACCGGAGAGGGGGACGAUUCUGCUGCCGCUGCAAUCUGGCAACCUGCGCCCGAACAAGUUAUCCAGCAAGAAGAGCUGAUCUUCCGUACGGACGAAGAAGAGAGGAAAUCAGAGGACAUGAUUUCCUCUGAGCAAGUGUCAGAGACUGUCAUUCAUGUGGAGGAGGCGGUGGAAGUGGAAGAAGCUACUUCUGAGCACCAAACAAAUGAGAGGCAUGGAGACGAAGAAAAGGAAGAGAAUGUGAAAAGUAAAGAUUAGACGUAGUGGAACAGGUUCAUCUGUGAUGUAUAAAAUGUUGCUUUUGUUAGAAAUCUAAUUUAUACGAGAGGAAAUUAGAAUAAUAUGUUUCUUGAUGAAUUAUACAUUAGGUUAUAACAUGAUGUUUAAAGAAAACUAAUCUGGAUUCAAUCAUUUUAAAUAAAAUUUAUUUUAAACUAAUUUAAUCUUUAGUGAUGCAUUUGAUUUACUCUGUACAGCAAUAUUUUGGUAAUGAAUUGCGGAGAUGAUUAAACAAGUUUGUAUAGUUUGUUUGUUUUAAGACUGAAUUGUAGGACUGUGUUUUGUCCUUUUAUGCUUGAUUGUAAAUCUAAUAAUUAGAGACUCGUAUUUUUAUAUUUUUUGAUGAAAUAUCUGCUCUUUCUUCAAACGUGCACUGUGUUUCCCUGUGCUUAGUGUACAGUGCUUCAUUUAGGAUUGGUAAAUAAACACGAGUCUACUAAAGACUUAAGUGAGAGUUAAGAUCCUUAAGCAUACAAGGUUUGAAUUUUUUUUUACUUGUAUUUUUUUCUUUUCAACAGCUUUCACCAAUCCUGUCCUUGCAUAAUUGCAAGAAAGUCUUAAUAUAUCAGAUUUAUAAUCCUGUAGUUUUGAGCUGAUUUCAAGGCGUUUUAUUCUUUAUUUGAUAUGUUUAUUUUGCCACCUGUGAAAAUUAUUUGCAGUAAAUAUGUGUAGACUUGCU